AACACACAAUUCAAGUCUUUAUUUCUUCGAUUACAAGAUGUUUUGGGGACUGGUUUUAAACUAAAUCUGAAAUUCAGGAAGCAGCAUCCAAAAAUCAUUUUGUCCACCACUGUAACGGUUGUUCUCAGUGUUUUAGGAGUCAGGAGUGAGAUAUCUGUAGAGUCACAAUUUCUUGAAUCCACGCUCUUGUUGCAGGUGCGAGACCUCGGGCUCGGCUACGACUCGGACGAAAUGGUUCUGUUUAAAUACUGCGGUGGCACGUGCCCGCGUGUGCCGUCCAACCACGAGCUCACCCUCACUAAUCUGCGCCUGAGCGGAGCUCUGCCCCACACCGAGACAUGGCACCAUGCGCCGUGCUGCCGCCCGACGCGCCACGAAGACAUGGCCUUCCUGGACAACGCCCACCGCUGGCACAAGGUCGAGAAGCUCUCCGCCGCUGCCUGCUCCUGCAUCGGCUGA